AAACAUCAUUUUCACAUCGUUCGACGCCACGCCGCCAUGCAGCGGACCAUGCUGACCCGUCGGUGCUUCUCGACGGCCGAGGUCGCGCUCGCGCAGCUGACCAACCCAACAAGCAACCACAAGGCGUGGCGCCAUGCGCUCACGGCCUGGUCGUCGGACAAGUGGCGCGACGUGUUGCGCCUCGACGCGACUGUUGCAGACCACCAGCGCGCGUUUGCGACCAUCUUGCAAGACCAUGGCCCUAUGAACCACUUCUACCUCCUCAAGCAACAUCCCGGCGUAGCACCCGAGGUUCUCGAUCUCUUUCUCGACGCCACGCGCAUGUACCCGUACGAGCAAGUCAAGUACCGCGAGAUGGACCUCAUCAAGAUCCUGCGUCAAAUGGCGCUGGCGACGAGCGAAGACGCCAUGGUUGCGACUGCGAUCCGCGCGCUUCUCGACUUGGCGGCGUCGUCCUCGGCGUCCUCGGACGUGUUGCACCUCUACAAGAGCCUCAUGGCCGCGUCGUUCGAACCCGAGACGAUACCCGACGCGUGCUUGCAGGAUGUCGUAACGACGCUGCUCGCUCACGACCACAUUGAUACGGCCCUCGACCUUCUCGCCGACUGCAAGGACACGACCGAGAUGCUCGUGCCCAUCGACCUCUUGACCAGCGUCUUCGAGUACCUCGGUCGUCACGGCUCGAUCGAGCGCGUCACGCGCACCGUCGAUAUCGCAUUCGAAUGGGCCUUGCCCGCCGAUGCGACGACGCUCGCCGCGAGUAUGCUCACGGCCUGUCUUGGGUCGGGUCACCUCACUCUCGCCCUCGACGUGUUUGAUGCGAUUCCGUCCGAAGUUUGGGCCGAGCAGAGUGUCUAUGCACUCGCCUCGGCGCUGCCGAGUAUGGUCCAGUUCAAGACCGACCUCAUGGUCUUGCAUAUGCGGACGUCCCACGCGUUCUCGCCAAGGGUCUUGGAGCGCUACCUCUUGUCGGCCCAGCAAGUCGAUGCGCCAGCGUUCCUGCGUCAGCUGCUCGACGACGUAGCCGAGCGCGGCUGGUCCAUGGACCUGCUCAUUACAUGCGCGAAGCGAACACCCCACUCGCCCGACUACGAGCAGCUGGCCGCGACCUUGCUCUUGCACCAGCUCGAGACACGCCCUGCACAGCGCGUUGAAAUUCUGGCUGAUUUUAAGGCGCACGUAUGGAGCAAAACGUGGCUCCGCGUCGCGAACCUCAUGCUCGCGCAGCUGGUGCGAGACGCGCCGUCGCGGGCCGUCGCAUUGUACACGUCGCUCUUUGCAUCGUCGGGCGACGACACGAUGCACGUGCGCAGUAGCUUGCACCCGCUGCUCCUGCACCUCGCCAACCACGGUCAUAUCGACGAGGUGCUCGCCCUCCUCACGUUCGCCAAGGCCAUGGCCAUCAAGCCCCGCGCGGACGACCUCGCGACCGUCGCCGCCGGUCUCGCCAAGCACCCGCUCGCAUCUCUGCACGCGCGGCCAUUGAUAGCAACGUACAUUGAUCUGCUCACGUCGAUGCGCAUCCCAACGACGCUCCGCGUGUGGCGCCACAUGAUCCUGCUCGCCAAUGCAACGCACGACCCGACGUCCGCAUUUGCAGUCUACGCCGUCAUGCAGGACAAGCGCAUCAAGAUGUCGGAAGCGAUCGCGCUCGAACUCCUCCGCGCGGCGCGCAAGGACUUCUGUCGCUUCACGCGGCUGUACGACGAUGCAAUGGCGGCCAACGCAGGCUCCACGCGCCUCUUUGGGCUCGUGCUCAAGACCGCUUGCUACGAGCAGGACCCGGCGUUCCUUCGGCGGGUCUUGAGCGACAUUGCGGCCAGCGCCUUCUCAUCGCGCGCCGCUCCACCCACGUCGUCGUCCUCCCACGCGCUACCUGUCGUCUAGCCGAGCCGCCUCGACGCGUAAAAGGGACUGCGUAUGUGGUCCUGUUGAUAGGAAGUUCUUUACGCUGA